AUGGAGUUCCCUGUAGCUUCUGCCCUCAUAGGACGUGUCCCCUUGCUGGGGCUCCUGCUGGCCGUCUUCCUCUUAACCUACUGGAUCCCGCCCACCACUGCUGGAUUUGCUAUUGUCUCGACCAUUGCAUUUGAAGGGGAGGAUGUGAUUCUAAGUCUCCGCAAUAUGCCUCCCGAUGUUAUAAAGAUUAUUUGGUACAGGGAAAUAGAGAUGAAGUGCCAUAAUUUCAUUGCAUCUCGUGCAUGGUAUUCCAGUGAAUAUCUAACAGGUCCCAAAUACAGUGGUCGAGAGGAAAUAAACCUUGACGGAUCCCUGAUCAUAAGAAACGUCACUGUGAGGGACCAAGGAGUUUACAUCGUAGUAGCCGUCCUUCCAAUGUCACGAAGAGUAAGAGGAUUUGGAUGGCUCAGUGUAUACCGGACACUGAGUGGGCCCACACUCCUAGCCAGCAACACCACAGUUACAGAGAAUGAGGAAGCUGUGGUCCUGACCUGCUACACAGAUGAGAGCUCCAUCAACUGGUUAUUCAAUGCUAUGAAUCUUCCGCUCAGGGAGAGGAUGGAGCUAUCCCAGGACCACAGAACCGUCACCAUAGACCCUGUCAGGAGAGAGGAUGCUGGGAUCUACCAGUGCAAAGUCUCCCAACCCUUCUUCUCCACUACAAGUUCACCUGUAGUGUUAGAUGUCAAGUACUAG